AUGCUUGCAAAAGUGGAAUUCUCACCUAGAGCACUGCUCCCGAGAUAUAUCGGGGAUCUCCUGCUCAGAGGAGCACUGCAUGGAAUGCCCAAUAUGGUCGGCACGGCAGCGGAGUCUUCUUUGGAAGACAAGUUUCCCUUAGAUGCUCUGGACAACUGGUUGAAGGCUUGCACCACUUAUCCUCGGACGAGGUGGCUCACACCGCAGCCACCAUGUGCAGGAUAUCAAGUCCCUGUUGAAUGA